CAAAGCUCCACAUUGCCGCUGAUCAUUGGUGGUGGCGGCCAUGAAAUGCGCCACUCUUUCGCUGCCCCUUUGCAGUGCCACGCCUUUUAGCUAGGGACUUGGUCGCAUCUUGUAGCAUGGUGUCCGCCAGGGUGCUCACUCUUGAGGCGCCCGCGCUCGCUGGUGUGCAGCUGUCUCCCUGUGAGUCUGCCGGCAGGAGCCAGCGCACUCCUGCGUCCUGCCUUGUGCCCAAUGCGGCAAACCUUGGGCGUGGCACAAACUCCUGCCUGCCCUUCGAGGGGAAAUGCAAGCAGGGAGCCAGGCUUGCCCUGAAGCGCAGAACGGUCACUCUCCUAACUGGGAUGGGCCUCUCCGCCAUGCCCCCACCUGCGCGCGCCUCUGCUCCGGUGGCGGCUGCCUCCGCCAAUGGCAGCCACUCGCUGGAGGUGCGCCACAAGGACCUGCUCGUGGUGGGGCCGGGAGUGCUGGGGACGCUCAUCGCACAGCAGUGGUUCAAGUCCCACCCCGACGCUGCGGUGGUGGGGCAGACCAACACGACCAACGCGCACGAGCGGCUGCGCUCCAUUGGGGUGCGCCCUGUGGUGAAGGACCUGGACGACGACGCCCCCCAAAAGUUCCCUUACGUUGUCUUCUGCGCACCACCCUCGGGAAGUGAGGACUACGCUGCGGAAGUCAGUGCUGCGGCUGCGCGGUGGGACGGCAGUGGUGCGCUGCUCUUCACGUCCAGCACGGGCGUGUACCCGCAGGACGACGGCAGCUUCGUCGACGAGACCUCCCCCGCUGCGACGCCUGGCGCCAGCCCGCGGCUGGACCGGCUGCUGGCGGCAGAGGCGGCGGUGCUGGGCGCGGGGGGCUGCGUGGUGCGGCUGGCCGGGCUGUACCUCGCGGACCGCGGCGCGCACACCUUCUGGGUCACGCGAGAAACGGUGCCGGGGCGGCCCGACUCGUACGUCAACCUCAUACACUACGAGGAUGCUGCCUCGCUGGCGGUGGCCAUUUUGGACGCGAAGCCUCGGGGCGAGACGUUUAUGGGGUGUGACAACCACCCCGUCACUAGGCAAGAGAUCAUGGACAUCGCCCUCGAGUCGGGCCACUUCAAGGGGCCGUUCCGAGGGUUUGAAGGCAAGGAGGGCGGCCAGGGGAAGAAAAUGCACAACGACCUGACGCGGGCCAAGCUGGGGUGGCAGCCCCGGUACCACAGCUUUGCGGACUUCUUUGAGCACUAUCAGCCAGCAAAAAGCGAAGCGAAAGCUUAGGUCGGCCGGUAUUGGCCACACCGCUUGAGCGGUUGUAGAGUGUACGAUACUGAACGGAACCCGCACAGCUCCUGAACUUUGUCUUUCACACUCAGCUCGACGCCAGAAUUGCAUGGUUCACGGGAUGUCUCUGCCAUCAGUUGGGGCAUCCAUUCGGUCGUGUUUGCUGGGCCGCCGGGCCGGGCAACGCGGCCAGACGGUAUGUUGCGCAGACAGGUCGGAAGUUAGGCGGCUUGGCUAUGAUUCCAGAUCGAGUCCCCCCUCGAAGUCGGCCUUCGGAGCUUCAAUCUCUUACCUCUCACGACUGUCUGGGACCGGACUCAACCGCAGUGUCUUAUUGAAUGAUCGAGGCGCCACUCGAUGCCAGG